GCGGUGCGUCCACAUUAAUCUUCUGCUGGUCUCAGCAGCAUCGAUAUAAGAGGGGCCCUAAGCCCCGACUGGCCCUCACAGCGAGUCUAGCGUAGAACUCCACACAUCUGCUGUGCUCACACCCACUCGUCUGGCUGUCCUCCUCCCAAGCAGCCGCAAUCAUCACGACGACUACACUUGCACACACGUACCAAUAACAGCUGAUUCAAAAUGAAUCUCGAGCCGCCCAAAGCUGAGAUCAAGUCGGCCACCCGAGUCACCGGAGGCCCCGCCACCCCACGCAAGGGACCCCCCAAGUUCAAGCAGAGGCAGACCCGUCAGUUCAAGAGCAAGCCUCCGAAGAAGGGCAUCCAGGGCUUUGGUGAUGACAUCCCUGGAAUGGAGGGCUUAGGCACAGACAUCACUGUCAUUUGCCCAUGGGAGGCCUUUAAUCACCUGGAGCUGAAUGAGCUGGCCAAGUACGGUAUCAUCUGAGCCCUCCUGCACCACCUCCCUGCGAUCCUCCGAGGAUUACAGUCCAAACACUUCAGACCAUCUGCCUCAGGCUCCAUCUCCUCACUUCAAAUGGAACUAUUCCUAACGACGAACUGUAACAAAAACAAAAAAUUGAAAAAGAGAAAAAGAAUCUACAAAAAAACAACAACUUUCUGUCCUCUUUCACUGGAUUCUUCUUCUGCAGUUCACACGCAACAUCUGCUCACAUCUGUCCUCACACUAGAUCUGCACUGGUACUCUAAACUGUCAGCAUCCUUUGACUCUCCUCUCCUGUUCUGCUGCUGCUCUUCUUCUUCUUCUUUAAUCUCCUUUCCUCUCCUUUUCUAUUCUUCUCACGGACAAAACAUGAAACUUACGCAAGCAAGGCAGCCUCAAAUUGAGUUUAAGUGACAAACCCGUGGAGUGGGUGGGUUCCCACUCCAUGUGCUUCGGCGCCUCUUACGCCAUCUCAGAGGCUUUUCCAUCUACGCCGAACAUAUAAAACACAAAACCUGAAUUCUGUAGACUGGACACCAGCUUGCCAUUGCUGAGCGUAACUUUUCAGUGGGAUAACUUUAGUCAGUCAUCGUGAGAUCCCUCUUUUCCUCUCUGUUUUGACCAACACUUAACUGCACUGCCCAGGAUACAUACAUCACCACUAUACCAUGUGUUUUUUUAAUCUAAAUUGUCUACCAUCAUAAUACGUGGAAGUCUGAAGUGGGAAGAGAGAGAUCCUUCCCUGCAACACACCCUUGUGUGAUUUUGCAGUGUGUCAGCUUCCAGCAUUGUGUUCACUUGUGUUUCAUAUCCCUUCUUAUUUGUAUGUCACCCUUGUAUAAUAUCAAUGUAUAUGAAAAUCUGUAUUUUAUGUUUAUUUCUCAUAAAUACAAAAAAACACUGUUGUGCCCUGUGUGUUUAUAUUUGAGUUUUUAAGAUCAAUAUUUCAGCUAUUUCAUCUUUCAUCUAUCAUUUCAUCUCCAUUGUCCUCGUCGUCAUCACUGAUCCUUCGUUCUGUUCAUGUUUAGACAGUAAAGUAAUCUGUUGUACACACAAGAUCAAUGCACGACCACCCUGAGUUGCAUUUAGCUUUUCAACUUGUACCGUAAUUUCUGUUAUCCUGACUCUGUCUUUCUAAACAUCGUUCAAAUCAAGAAGAUAUAUAUUUAUAUAUGGAGUAUAUAUAAUAACAAAGACGUUGCUAAAUUUGCCCUGAUGAUAUAAAACUGGUGAUGUAAGAGAUUUUUCUUUAUAAAUGAUGUUUGCAGUGUUGCACUGUGUAUGAUGUAUAAUGGAGCUUUGUCCUCUCUACAGGAUGUGGAAAAAAAUAAAGUAAAAAAAACAGGAAAAUAAAA